CCAAGGCCCCAAUUCUCUCUCUCUAGCCAUGGCUUCCGAUUCUUCUCAGGGAAACUUCAACAAUGGUCCUUCCUCUCCCGAUGACUCGUUCUCUAGCCCAAUCGGAAACACCUUCUCGUCUCCGGGAGACGCUUCUCGCCGGAGAAGGAGGCGCCGAUCCACUACUCCGUCGUCGUUCGCCACCCCUCCGCCGCCGCCGUCCUCCCGUUUCAGCAACGCCUCCUCGGAAGGAACUCCGACACCAUCGCGUACUCGCCGGAAUUCCGCAUCCGGCAGGCGAAGAGCUCCCUCGUCGACGCCGAUGCACAGUGCCGCCACUCCGACGUCCACCGACGACGCUCCGCCUUCCUCCGAAGGCGGCGAGGGUUUCGACAUGGACGAGGACCGCCCUACGUUCGUCUGGGGCACCAACAUUAGCGUCAACGACGUUAAGUCUGCGAUUGUUAGGUUUUUGAAGAAUUUUCGCGAUCAACCGUCGCAGACUUCGGACGGGGAGUUUCACUUGGAAGGAAAGUAUAUUGAUGCGAUCAAGAGAGUCCUUGAAAUCGAGGGAGAUUCUCUCGAUGUCAAUGCCCACGACGUGUUUGAUUACGAUUCCGAUUUGUACGCGAAGAUGGUUCGGUAUCCGCUUGAGGUCCUUGCGAUUUUCGACAUUGUUUUGAUGGAAAUGGUGCCUCUUCUUGAACCUCUAUUUGAAAAGCACAUCCAGACUCGGAUCUACAAUCUCAAAACUUCGACAUCAAUGAGAAAUCUAAACCCUUCCGAUAUUGAGAGAAUGGUGUCUUUGAAGGGUAUGAUUAUCCGUUGUAGUUCGAUAAUACCUGAAAUUAGAGAAGCAAUAUUCAGAUGCCUUGUGUGUGGUUACUACUCUGAGCCUGUAGCUGUAGAGAAAGGACGAAUAACUGAACCCACAAUAUGCUUGAAAGAAGAAUGUCAAGCCAGGAACUCCAUGACACUGGUUCACAACCGAUGCAGGUUUACUGAUAAGCAGAUUGUGAGGCUCCAGGAGACUCCUGAUGAGAUCCCUGAAGGAGGAACGCCGCAUACAGUAAGCUUGUUGAUGCAUGACAAACUGGUUGAUGCUGGAAAACCAGGAGACAGAAUUGAGGUUACUGGGAUUUACAGGGCUAUGAGCGUCAGAAUUGGACCAACACAGAGAACUGUAAAAUCAUUAUUCAAGACAUACAUUGAUUGUCUUCUUAUAAAGAAGGCCGACAAGUCAAGAAUGCUUGUGGAGGAUCAACUGGAAGUUGAUAAUUCCAUAGGUGGAAGCUCGGAGGAUCUUCUUUUUGAUGAGAAAAGGGUUGAAGAAUUGAAAGAGCUGUCAAAACAGCCAGAUAUAUACGACAGAUUAACGAGGUCUUUGGCACCAAACAUUUGGGAGCUGGAUGACGUCAAAAGGGGCCUUCUUUGUCAGCUAUUUGGUGGAAAUGCUUUGAGGUUGCCAUCUGGUGCUAGCUUCCGAGGCGAUAUCAACAUUCUUCUUGUUGGUGAUCCUGGAACCAGUAAGUCGCAGCUUCUCCAGUACAUACACAAGCUAUCUCCUCGUGGCAUAUACACCAGUGGAAGAGGGAGUUCAGCUGUUGGUUUAACUGCUUAUGUUGCCAAAGAUCCUGAAACUGGGGAAACUGUUUUGGAGAGUGGAGCCUUAGUUUUGAGUGACAGAGGCAUCUGCUGCAUUGAUGAAUUUGAUAAAAUGUCAGACAAUGCAAGGAGCAUGUUACAUGAGGUGAUGGAACAACAAACAGUUUCGAUAGCAAAGGCAGGAAUCAUUGCUUCUCUUAAUGCUAGGACUUCGGUAUUAGCUUGUGCGAAUCCAAGUGGUUCGCGGUAUAAUCCUCGCUUGUCUGUGAUUGACAACAUUCAUCUUCCUCCUACGUUGUUGUCGAGGUUUGAUCUGAUCUACUUAAUUCUUGACAAGGCUGAUGAGCAUACCGACAGGCGUCUUGCCAAGCAUAUUGUUGCGUUGCAUUUUGAGAAUCUUGAGAGCAUAGAGCAGGAUGUCUUGGACCUUCCAACAUUGAUAGCUUAUGUAAGCUAUGCCAGAAAGCAUAUUCAUCCGCAAUUAUCUGAUGAAGCUGCUGAAGAGUUAACUCGAGGGUAUGUUGAAUUGAGGAGGAGAGGGAAUUUCCCAGGCAGUAGCAAAAAGGUUAUAACAGCAACACCCAGACAGAUUGAAAGUUUGAUACGUCUUAGUGAAGCCUUGGCUCGGAUUCGUUUUUCAGAAGUGGUCGAGAAGUCUGAUGUAAUUGAGGCAUUUCGGCUUCUGGAAGUUGCAAUGCAACAGUCAGCAACAGAUCACUCCACCGGGACAAUCGACAUGGAUCUCAUCACGACCGGAAUUUCGGCCAGUGAAAGGAUGAGGCGGGAGAGUCUGUUAUCAGCAACUCGCAACAUGAUCAUGGAAAAAAUGCAGCUAGGAGGACCCUCAAUGCGCUUGUUGGAGUUAUUGGAGGAGUUGAAGAAGCAGAGCUCUGGCACUGAAUUUCACCUCAAUGAUCUGAGAAAUGCAGUUACCACACUUGCAACUGAGGGAUUGGUAUCUCUUCAUGGUGACUGUGUAAAAAGAAUAUAAAAUGGGAAGAGAAUCAAAUGAAGGAAAGAAUUGAUGAACUGGGCCCAAUUAAGUUAUUUGAGCAGGAAAUAUGCUCUCUGAAAACACGUUAAGGCCUGCUAUGCGGACUUUGCAGUAAAUAUAUAUGGGUGGUAUUUUUUAACCUAUUUAACUUUUUUUAUUUUA